AUGCGUCAAUUAAUAAAAGAACAUCGUAUGCAAACAAUGUCCUUGCAUUUACAAUCAAUUACUCGUGAAAGAGAAAUUAUAACCGAUGAAAUGAAAAAUAUUAUACAAGGCAUUUUACCAGAAAAUGAUAAAAGAUUUAAUGGUGAAGAAAAUCCUGGUUCUUUAGCAUUUAAACAUUACAAUGAUCUACGUGAAAAACGUUUAAAUUUAGAAGCUGAACAAUCACUGUAUUUUUUUAGAAGAGCAGCGAGUCGAGAGCGAAGUCAACGAACAAGACGAAAUUGUUGCCCCGACUCUUACAAGAUCGUUGGGCGAGGAUUUCUCGCUCCAACUAUAAGAAAUGAAGCAAAAGCAAAAUUAACCGAGGAAGAAUAUCAAUUACUAAAAUUAGGUCCUCGAUUUAUCUAUAAUGAUCCAAAAGCGGCUUCUCGACGACGAACAACUGAGUUGACUGUACUGAAACGAAAAAUUGAAACUCGUUUUUUCAAAAAAAAAGCAAGCUCCGGUAGAUCAGUCGAUCAAUUUAUAGCCGAAUUGGAUAGGAUAAUAAAAAACUUACAUGAUACAACGAUUAACAAAACAAUUCGAAAACAUAAAGAGCAGCGUGAAAUAAUUACAUAUGAUAAUUUAUUAGAAACAAUUGAUUUUAAUCAAUAUCAACUUACUAAAUGUCCAAUUACUACUGAUAAACAGAGAAAACAGAAAAAUUAUGGAAGAUUGAUCAAACGGUUAAAACACAAGCUUCGUUCCACGAAUAUAGUUAUCAAGAAAACAGAUAAAUCUAAAGUUUUUCAUUUAGGUAAAUUACAAGAUUAUCAUAAAAAAUCUGAAGAAUAUAUGGAAAAGACUGAAGCAUAUGAAUGUUUACAUCAAAAUGAUCCAUUACCAAAUUUAAUUGAAAGUACAAAUAAAUAUUUGUUAAAGUUAAGAUUAGAUAAUUGGAUAACACAAAAACAAUAUGAACAAUUGAGUAUAAAAAAAGACGAAGUGGAAUUAGCACAUUUAUUUUAUUUAUCAAAGGCUCAUAAGCCAGGCACUCCACUCCGUUCAAUUGUAUCUGGACUCAAACAUCCAACUAUAAAAAUAUCGAGAUUUCUCGACGAACUACUUCGUCCACUAUUUGAUAGAAUGGCAUCAAGCACAACUGUUACUUCUGGAAUUGAAGUGAUUAAACAGUUAUAUGAAUGGUCAAAACGUAAUGCACGUCAAGACACUUUAAUAUGUACAAUGGAUGUAAUAGAUUUAUAUACGAUGAUACCACAAACAGAAGGGAUCUUGGCAAUUAAGAAAAUGCUGGAUUACUUGAACCUAAAACAGAUUAAUGGUUUAAAAAUUGAAACUAUUAUUCGUUUAUGUCGAUUCGUGGUGCGUAAUAAUUAUUUUUCUUACGACAGUAAAUAUUAUCAUCAAAUACGUGGUGGUGCGAUGGGUUCUCCGCUAACUCUAACUAUUGCAAAUGCUUAUAUGUUCUUUUUUGAACGUGAUAUCGUUAAGCAAAUUAACAAUAGCAAUGGACUCUACAUACGAUAUAUUGAUGAUAUAUUUAUUACCAUUAACUGGUCUUCUCAACAUUUAGAAAAGCAAAUUGAUCGAUGGAAUAAAUUCGAUCUCAACAUAAAAUUAAAAGCUGAAGUUGGGUAUACAACAAAUUUUCUUGAUUUAUAUAUAGAGAACAAAAAUGGCGCUAAACGUUGCCCAUCUCUUUCCAAAACUAUCGAGAAAAAAGGUUGUAAAUAA